AUGAACAAGUGUCUUUGUUUGGUAAAUGCUGUAUUCAAAAUGACUAAUCAGCAAAAAGAACAGUGGAUGGUUGAAGCUUUUAGCCAAGCAAGAGAGGCAUUAACUGCCGGGGAGGUGCCGGUAGGCUGUGUGUUUGUUUACAAUAAUGAGAUUGUUGGCAGAGGUCGAAACACGGUCAACGAAACCCAUAAUGCCACCAGACAUGCUGAAAUGAACUGUGUCGAUCGAGUACUGGAGUGGUGCACGGUUCAUCAGUUAGAUUACAAGACUGUUUUUCCUCACGUGAGUGUUUAUGUGACUGUGGAGCCGUGUGGCAUGUGCGCUGAUGCUCUGGGUCAGUUGAGUGUGAAGGACAUCAUAUUUGGUUGCUCAAAUGAUCGCUUUGGUGGAUGUGGGUCUGUUGUUGAUAUACCAAAAUUAUAUAAGUAUCCCAUGAAUUUCCAGAAGGGUGUUCAAGCUGAGGAAGCAAUAGAACUUCUGAAGGAGUUUUACAAAGGAGAGAAUCCUAAUGCUCCAACAGGGAAAGUCAAGAGAAAAGUACCCAAGAAUUAAAGGUACAAUGGCAAGAUGACUGAAGAAAAUAUUUUAGUUUUUAGUGCUUUUUAUCUGUAGUUAAACUUUGAUUCUUCAUGUAUAGCAAAUAAUUUUAAGGUACUUUUAACGUUUAUUUCAACUUUUUAAAGUCGAGGUAAAGAUUGCUCAAUACUGUAUGUCCAUGAAAAUAUCAUCAGACCCGACGACACCUGAAUGUGGGUCUGAUUGGCCUCGUAAUCAUCACUGAUAGAUCUUGUACCCGUAUAUGUUUCUUUAACUGUGAUCUUUUUUAUUGUUAGUUUAAAUCUUUCAUGAACAAGCAAAAGUUUUGCAGAAAUUCAACUUGGGAGGAAAGGAAGUUUCUUGAUGGCCAAAAGAUGUAAAGAUUAUCCCUAUGCAUACUAGAAAAGCUUGUUAAAUGUGAUUUUAAAAUUAUUGGUAUAUAGGUAUUUGUAAGAAAAAGAAGCAUUAGAAUAUCACUUCACAAAGUACACUCGCCCCUCCCCCCCAAAAAGUUUUCGAACAUUGGGCACUGCAGGUUACAGAAUGAGCACUUGGGUUCGUGUCAUGUCGGAAUGGUUGGUAUGUGUGGUGGCGAAGUGACUCAAUAUUUCGUAAUAAUAUAUGUUGCUCAUCCUUAUUGUAUUUACAGGUUAAAAGAAGUAAUUUAAUUUGCAAUAAAACUUCUUCAGAGAGCAAUGAUCAGAUUUCUUGUUCAUUUUGUCAUAUUGUAUGACCCUUAGAGCGUUUGAGAUCUUUUGUGGCGAGUGUACAUUCAGGUACAUACAGUAUAUUAAAAUAAUUUGCUUAUUAUUUAGGACAAGCAAUACAUAAUUAGCUUGCUACUUAAAAUAAUGGCAAAAUAUAAUUGAGGCUUCUGCAGUAGUAAGGCACAAGUGACAUCUCUUUAAAUGUCACUUGUGCCCUUACUACUGCAGUGGCCUAUCUUAUAUUCACACCUCCACUCCUAAGGUGUGUGUUGGUGACCAACAGUGGGAGUUCACUGCAAGAUAUCUGUAUCAAUAGGUUUGUCCUCUGAUUUUUGCCUCUCUGCACUGUACAUUGUUUGCUUUUAUGCUCCUACUCGAGACAUUACCAUCUUGGGUUGUUGGCCAUCUAUUCAUUAGCACAAGAGUUUGACAAUGUCAUCUUCAAAGUUAAUGCUCUCACUACAACUGUUGAGUUAGUUUAAACAGAUUAAUGUAAGUUAAUUAAUAUAACCAUGUUUAUAAUCUUGGAGAAUUUCCUUGAUGAUUCCACACAUGACCGUAAUCUCUAUAAUUAAACCCAUAAUUUGCACAGGAGUGUUUUCACAAAAUAAAUCAACCAGUAAAAUUUCUUAUCUUCAACGUAGUACAGUAGUUAUGAAAAUUUUAGAAAAUAAUGAAACUAUUCACAAUUACUGUACUUCACAUAUGUUGUCAUCUUAUCAUCCACAAAUACUACAGUUGAUAAUGUAAUAAUAAGAAUAAAUAAAAUAGAUCUUUUUUACUGUA